GGGAUUAACCGUUGUGUUUUUUUUAGCCCCUCGUCCCGCCCCCACUUCUUCUUCUGAGGGGCAGUGAAGGACCCCUGGAGAGCAGCUCCAAACUUUCUUCCUCACUCACUCCCUCCUCCAAACUUCCUUCAAGUCGCUUUGGAUGGUCUUCCCCGUCUUGUCUCUCCAGGCUUUGGGAAGCUUCAGCUCAGCAAGGCUCUGGUCCCUCUUGGCAUUUUGCGGGUUAUGAGGAUUUAGCGGAUUUUUUCGACGAUGACUUUGAGCGGUUUGCUGGUAGCUCUUGUGUUUUUGUGGAGUUUUUCUGGAAGUCCGGCAGCUUCACAGCACAGACACGGCAGACACGGCAACAAGAACUGGUGUGCGUUUAUUGUCCAAAAGAAUGUGAGCUGCGCAGUGCAGGCAGGUUUGGAGGGUCCCGCAGAGGCUGCACCCUGUCCCAUGAACCAGCCUGACUGCCAGCAGCAGAUGAGGUUCCCCUCACGGACCCAUUUUCGACCCACUUAUAGGAUUUCCUAUAAGACUGUAACUGAACUUGAAUGGAGGUGCUGCCCAGGAUACCAAGGCCCAGACUGCAGAGAACUAAAAGGCUCUCCAAACAGACAGACUUUGCUUGAACAUCAACCACAGUUGCACCCUCAGCCUCGACACACUGGACACACUCGAAAUGCACAAAGGACAGAGCGAAGAGAGACAGGGCAAUAUUACAGCUAUCACGGGGCUGAGAAAACUCGUCAGCUCGAGGAAGACGUGCAGCGCCUCUCGCAGACGCUGCUGGACCUCCAAGCAUCCGUGGCAAGCAUGCGGACAGACCUGCAGAAUGACACCAGAAAGAUGCUGAUGCACAGCAUGCGUGGGCCAGACAGCGGCAGAACAGGAGGCACCGAAGAAAGUGCAGCACAUCUGGAUGGGCACCAGGCCACAAGGGGUCUCACCCAUGGGGAAAGGGGAAUGGAGGAAGUUCUGGCCAGGCUUAACGAUGUAACAGAUGCACUGAAGAACAAAGAUGAGGUGAUUAAGGAGCUGCGUGACACUGUGACGGGUCAUGACGGGCAGAUCCGUAUGCUUAUGGACACUUCUCAGGGACCAGCAGUCACUCCUGGUGCAUCCUUGGACAUCGAUAUCCUCCAGAGCUACAUUGACAGCAAAUUUGAGAAGCUAAAGAAGGAGCUAGUUGUGGACAUGGAGGACCAGAUAACAAAGUUGAAGAGUGCAUGUGAUGACCAGAUUCUGGCUCUUCAAAAGACAUGCGAAGAGGGCCAGGACAGAAGCCAUGUUAACCUGACCAAACUAGUGGAGAGCAAGGAGGCUGAGCUCAGGAAAGAGAUCCGUGAGCUGCGCCUGGAUAUGGCCAUGUCUGAUGGACUGGUGCAGACUCAAAGGCAAACGACUCAACUGCAAGAGGCCGAUGAUCCCAAUGAUCUGCGGCAGGCACUUCAGCAAGUGGCAGAGGCUCACCGAGUCCUAAAUGCCCGUGUGGACAAUGAGCUGGAACACUUGUCGAUGCUGCAGCUCGAGGAUAUUUUUGGGCCUCGCAUAGAAGAGCUGGAGGCCCGGAUGAACGUGACUGAAAAGAAUGCGGAGACUUACUGCUUCUACGUGGAUGAGAAGCUAACCAGGGAACUAGCAGACGAGACAGCGAAAAUUCACCAGCUCUUGGAAGAGAAACUGGAUUCUAUGGAGGACCAGUUCUCGGCCAUGUUGGUUGAGAUGAGCAACAACUCUUUCCCAGGAAUGUUCAGUCAUUCCGUAGACGCUCUGCAAACUCAGGUUAACUCCAACAAGUAUCUCAUUCAGGGGCUGGAAGACAAGCUCAAUGUGAUUGGGCAAAUGUGCUCAACAGACUGCAAGUCAAGUCCAUCCAGUGAUACUCAAAACCUGGAAGGUUGGGCCAGUAUUGUCAAGGAUGUGAAGCACUGUAGGAAUGACCUGGAUGUUUUGAAUACUGAUGUUGAGCACAACUCUGUAAAGCUUGUUGAACUAGAGAGCAUGAUUGAGCGGUUGUCGGUUGAAAAUCAGCAGAACAGCGUCAGCAAGCAGGACCUCCACAACAAGCUGAAAUCUCUGACAGACAAUGUCAAUGGCCUGAGUGGAGCAGUGACAGGGUUAGGAGACUUCAUGAGCAAGUUUAGCAGAGACGUUGACGCCUUGAACGUUAGUUGUUGCCUGGCAGGGCAUGCAGAAUGGGACCAUAGGCAAUCAGGGGUACCUCCUCAGUCUCAUGGGGAGGGCAAACUUAGUCCCAGCCAGGUGGAGGAGCUCAGAGACAGGCUAGACAAGCUCAGUUCCCAGGUGACUGCAGAGCUGAACUGGUGCAAGGACAGCACAGCAGACAUAGCUAAAGGUGUCUCCACAGUAAAUGGCAGGGUGGCUACCCUGGAAAUGUUGUGUGGGAAGCUGGAUAGCGAGGCAAAUGAAAUUCGGGGCAUAAAAGAUAAGCUGGAGAGAGACUUGGCACAGAUGAACUCCACUUUGAAGACGCAUUCUUGGGAGAUUGGCACACUACAGACCAACUUGCUCAACGUUCAGAGUCAGCUUGCAGCGCCCAAGGAUCAUACCAGGAAACAACAAGAACUGCCGGAAAGACCAGCCACUGUCCCGGAUUCAACCCAGCGCAGGCUUAUCCCUCAUAUCCACAUCCCUCUGAUAAUCCCUUCCCAAAGGACAGUGUCAGUGACUGCCCACCACCCCCAGGCCCCGCCACAGCCAGGCCGGCCAACCCAGCGUCGACCAGUCCUGGAGGCUGGGGAGGCCGGACCCCCGGGCCACGCUCGCAGAUUGAGCACCAGAAGAGAGCGUGGGUCUGAGGUCGCGGAGAAACCAGUGAAAGGAUUUGCAGGUGCACCAGGCUAUCCUCAAGUCAGUCCUGUGGCAUAUAAACCUAACCCAAUUACAGUUUCCCGAGCUGCAUGGAAUCCUGCACGACGACUUGUCGCAGCACCAGUGUCGUCAGAGAAAAAUCCAUUUGUGGAGCCCUUCUCCUUCUCUGCUGGACUCACACAGCAGACGUUUUCAGGGGAUUUUGGCAUCAUCCGCUUCAACAAGGUGUUGGUCAAUGAUGGAGGACACUAUGACCCCCAAACAGGGAUCUUCACCGUGCCUGUGGAUGGACGCUAUCUGAUCACGGCCGUCCUAAUGGCUGCACGGCGCGAGCGGGUCGAGGCUGUGCUCUCUGUGUCCAACCGCAGUAUUCAGAAACUGGACACAGCAGGCUACUCUGGGCCGAGCGGACACCUCUCUCCACAGCCGUGCACAUGUGGAGGAUCUGCUUCCUUCAGCUUCAUCCUCUCACUGCGGGCAGGUGACCGAGUGGCACUAGUGCGGACGGCCGGAGUGCUGGCGAUCUCUGAGGCCAGAGAGAUCCUCUCUACCUUCAGCGCCGUCUUCCUCUAUUCACCUCAGGCCCGGAGAUAGCCUCCAGAGAGAAAGAGGGAGAGCACACUGAAGGACUGCUAUCACUAGCAAUGCAGCCUAUUACAAGCCAGAAGAAACUGCAAGAAAAACAGCGCUUGGGCUUUUCUCAAAGAUAUAGUUAGGUGAAAAAUCGAAUUUACACAAUUCUCCCCCUCAAAUGUAGUCAGUAAGCCAAGGUGCACUACAUGGACAAAAGUAUGUGGUCACUAUAAA